CUCACUCACCCACUGUUUCCCUUCAUCUCAUUCUUCUCCUUCUUCCUUCGUCUCUUUGGCUUCACGUUUUUCCCAGAAAGCGAGAUCACUUUGCUGGUUCGAUCUACGAUCGGAUCGGAAUUCCUGAGAUCAUGUGCUGCGGAGGAAGGAUGUGUAUGCUGUGCACGUGCGUCAUUCUCGUCGUCAUCUUGAUCGGGUUGCUUUUCGGGUUCGGAGUCUUCACCCAUGGCUUCCACAAGCUCAAGGACACCUUCAGUUUCUGCGAUCCCUCCGUCUCUGGUAGUUUGUGCGGGCAUGCAAAGGGAAGACCCUUCCUGGGUCACGCACCGCCUCCAUUGUACUAGGGCUUUUAUUUGUUUCCCCCUUCUAUGUUCAUUCCCGAUCCGUUCUUUCUCAGUUUCUGGGGAUUUAUUUCGAAUCGUAGGUUUAGGGUUUUCUUAAUUUUUUAAUUAUUAUUACUUUAAUUCGAAUUGAACAUUGCUGUUCUGGUAUCUGUAACUAUCAUUCGCCUCUUCUUGGGGAUUCUUGUUUGUUUAUAUAUUAAAUAUUGCUCUCUCUGGUGUUGCUCUAA